AAUAUGGCGAAGACGUACGACUAUUUGUUUAAACUACUAUUAAUCGGAGACUCUGGUGUCGGAAAGACGUGCGUCCUGUUCAGGUUCUCCGAGGACGCCUUCAAUUCUACGUUUAUAUCUACCAUAGGCAUAGAUUUCAAGAUAAGAACGAUAGAGCUUGACGGCAAGAAGAUCAAGUUGCAGAUAUGGGAUACUGCUGGCCAGGAGCGCUUUCGAACAAUCACGACUGCAUACUACAGAGGGGCGAUGGGGAUCAUGCUUGUUUAUGACAUUACCAAUGAGAAGUCAUUUGAAAAUAUCAAGAACUGGAUCAGAAACAUAGAGGAGCAUGCGUCUUCUGACGUUGAGAAAAUGGUCCUCGGCAAUAAAUGUGACAUCAAUGACAAGCGACAGGUGACCAAAGACAGAGGCGAGAAGCUUGCUUUAGAAUACGGCAUUAAAUUCAUGGAGACGAGCGCGAAGGCCAACAUCAACGUUGAGAGUGCCUUUUUAACACUCGCUAAGGACAUCAAAUCCAAAAUGGACACGAAAAUGGAGGGAAACACGCCGCAAGGGACCAGCCAAGGAGUGAAGAUUCUGGAGCCACGGAAAAAAAGCAGCUUCUUUCACUGCAGCCUCCUUUGA